UCGAUUGUACCUUUUUUGUUUUCAUGGCUUCUAUAUAAUUUUGUUUGCUGGUCUCGUCUUUACCUGAUGCAACCUUUCCAUAAAAUUGCAAGGACUUUGUACCAAUACAAAACUAUAUUGACACUCUGCAAUGGCUAUAUUUAGUAUAUCCAAGAUCACGCACUACUAAGUAAAUAAAGGCAGGGUCACAUGCUAUUUCUGCUUAUAAAUUACGAAUUAAGUUGACUAACUUCACACAUGAUUACAGUAUUUCACGGCGUGCACACAUGCUUUUGAAUAAAAUUGCACACGGUUUUACGUGGAUGUUUUGUUUGAGUGAAUUUUAAACCGGAGUUUAUUGGGAUACUUCACGAUUUUCACCGUCAGCAAAGAAGCCAAAGAAAAAGAUGGACUCAGUUCUAUUACUCGCACUGGUCGUCUGCACCAUUACUGGAGCGUUGUCUGACUUAUCGCCCAUUGACUUCAAGGGACAGGCGGUGACGGAGGACAUGGAGACUCUCUACCCGAGAUACCCAGCAUGCAGUCGAGGGCGCGAGUUCGCCAUCGUGGUUUCCGAGACUGAACGCGCGGAGGGGCGGGUUCACUACGAACGCGUGAAGUCGGAUGGAAAGGUCAAGUAUUAUUUUUGUGCUUCCUGUACUGUCUGCGCUGACCACGGUCUGACCACGGCCUCGCCUUGUACCGAACGUGCCAACGCAGAAUGCUCUGUAGACUGUCUGGUGCCUGGCUGCAUGUUCGAUGAAGCAAGUACCUCUUGUAGACGUACUUCCAUAAUUGGCACAAGGCGAGAUGACGUUACUGAGGAUGGAGGCAACAUCAACCCAUGUGGUACAUCGAUGACGUCCCCGAUGUCAGCAAAUGAAGGAGAGCGCCCUUUUAAGUAUGACAAGAAAAGACCGUCCAGACCUCUUCAAGUCAAUGUGCACUAUGGGCAUCUCUUUCAUUUAGACCCAACCGCUAAUGAUGUUACAACUGUGACGAAAAUAGGUGCUGCAACAUCGCCUAAGAAUCUUCACAGGGGAAAUGAUGGUCCAACGUUACGACCGCUCAGAAAAUCAGAGAAGCCGACAGGCAAACAGACAAACGUCUCCAGUUGGGUGGCAAGUGAGACGCUCUUCGUCGGUACGGGUAUCGUGGUUGCCGUGAUCAUAGCCAACGUCGCCGCCUUCAUGUACAUACGCAGCAAGAAGAAGCAGAGCAAGCAAAGUAAACGUCCAAUUACGAAUUCAACCGAAGUGCUGUACGCUGCUCUGGCGAGGGCACGAACAGACAGCAACGUUACUAGCAAUCAAAGCAGUUCAGUGACCGCGGUUUAGUCUUGAUUCCAGCCUCUGAAGCGACUUCAUGCCUGUAAAGGCGGGAUGAACAGUUUGUUAAUGGACUGAAGGAAACGUUUAGGUGAAAGAGGAACGGAUCAUGAGGGUGUGGUUCACUUGGCUUGCAAAGAACUGUACAGGACUUGGAAUUGUUCCCCACCAUUUGCAAGAUUUAUUAUAAAAGCAACGCGCUGAUUGAAGAGUGUAAAACUAGGUGUAAAAAAUCAGGCAAAGGAAAGUUACAAUGACCCACUGAGGAAAUAGCUUUGUAGAAAUAGUCCUUCAGAAAUUGUCAUCUAAAUCUGCACCUUGCUUGAACGUCGUUAGUAAUAAUCAAUUUUCAAGUUUGGACCACAAGGUGAUACUAACAUCAAGCACAACAGAAUUAUGGUCAAAUAGUUGCACGUAGGCCUUCGUCUUAGCCAAAAGGAGUUUGAAUGCAAAACGGACUUGUACAGUUAAGCUUUUGAUACUGUGUGUUAUGUGUUUAGAUGUGCAUGGUACUUCUUUUUCAGUUUUAUAUCACUAACAAUGUGAUUUAUUUAUAGACCAGAGACAAAAUAUAGAUAUCAAUGUGAUAGCCAAUGGUUCGCAAACUGAAUAUUAAGAAUUAUACUCCUCAUCGGUAAGCUUUUUUUUCUC